AUGUGGGAUUUCACAGCAAUCACUGCCCUCAUCCGCGAACUCGUCAACGAUGAUGAAGAUUUUCCAAUUGCCUCAAUCAUCGCUAUCUGCAUCGAGAGCCUCAAGUCAAUUGAAAAGCCACUUCAUCCAACAACAAUCUUAUCACCAGCCCUUGAGUCUCUUUCCACAAACGUCAAGGAUAUGAUCGAAGAGACAGGUGAUCUCGUUGUUGCAGGCACACUCAACCAAGAUCAAGCUCUUGAACGCCUUCGUGAGUUAUAUGCUCUCCUUAACUACAUUAUCACCCCAAUUCAAGCCUUCACAGCUUACCCAGAGCGUGUUCCACGCAAUGAGAACAACAGCCGUGUUCUCGAACAAGCAUACGAACACCUUAACUUCGCCGAAGCCAUGGGCAAGUCCGCCAAGAAGGCCAUGGAGAAGAACCUUGCUCGUGUCAAGAAGAACGCCGAGAAGCGUGCAGCCCAGAAGGCCAAGGAAGCUGAAAAUGCCAACGCCGAAGCUGAGAAGCUCAAGGCUGCCCUCGAAAAGGCCGCCAGCAUCAAGCUCGAGGAAGACAAGUCCCUUCCAGCCGCCGUCACAAGAAAGAUCAAAUACGUUGUUGCCUCCGAAGAGCGCCAGCGCGUUUUCGGUUGGGUCCACAAGCUCAGCCGCCAUGGUGGCAUCAUGUUCCUUACCCUUCGUGAUGGCACAGGCUUCCUUCAAGUCAUUCUUGAAGGCAUCCUCACACAGACAACAUCCGCCCUCACAAUCAACCGUGAAGCCACAGUCAUGGUUGUCGGCAAGGUCCGUGAGGACAAGCGUGCUGUCGGUGGCAAGGAACUUGCUGCUGAUUAUUGGGAAAUGAUCGGCAACGCUCCAUCCGACUUCGAUACCCUUACAAGACCAGAUCUUACACCAGAUCUUCUUCUCGACAACCGCCAUCUUGUUCUCAGAUCCGAGUUUGCCUCCACAACCAUGAAAGUCCGUGAUCAUCUUACACGUAUCAUCCGUGAGAACUUCUACAAGCACGACUGCACAGAAGUUGUCUGCCCAUGCCUUGUCCAGACCCAAUGCGAAGGUGGCGCCACACUUUUCGGCCUUGAUUUCUACGGCCAGAAGGCAUAUCUUACACAGAGCUCUCAGCUCUACCUCGAGACAUGCUGUGCCUCCAUGGGUGAUGUCUUCUGCAUUGAGCCAUCCUUCCGUGCAGAGAAGUCCAAGACACCACGUCACCUUUGCGAGUUCACACACAUCGAAGCCGAGUAUCCAUUCAUUGACUUCGACGAACUCAUGUCCCGCAUUGAAGACAUGGUCAUUGCUGUUGUCAACGGCCUUCUCGAGUCAGAGUUCAAGGACUUCAUCCUCAAGCACAACCCAGAUCUCAAGCCACUCAAGAAACCAUUCAAGAGAAUCACACACAAGGAAGCUCUCGAGUUCUGCAGAACACACGACAUUCCAAAGGACCCAGAACACCUCGAAGACAAGUGGAAGGAUGAUGAUGAUAUCCCAGAACUCGCUGAACGUACACUCGUCGACACAAUCGGUGAACUAUGCUUCAUGACAAAGUUCCCAGCUGCAAUCAAGGCUUUCUACAUGAAGAGAUGCCCAGAAGACAACAGCCUCACAGAGUCUUGCGACCUCCUCGUCCCAGGUGUAGGUGAAAUCGUCGGUGGUUCAAUGCGUCUCGAGUGCUACGAUGAACUCAUGAACGCUUACCUCGUUAACGGUCUCGACCCAGCUCCUUACUACUGGUACGUCGACCAGCGCCGCUACGGUCACUUCCCACACGGUGGUUUCGGCCUCGGAACAGAAAGACUCGUCCGCUGGAUUCUCAAGAUCGGCCACAUCCGUGAGACUUGCCUUUACCCACGUAUCAUGAACCGUGCUACACCAUAA